AUGCCUCGAGAAAUAGUAACAAUUCAAGUGGGACAAUGUGGUAAUCAAAUCGGAGGAAGAAUGUGGGAUUUAGUAUUGAGGGAACAUGCUGCAGUGUUUCAAAAUAAGAAAAAUCAAAAUCCCGAUAUUUUGUAUGAUGAACCGUUAUCAACCUUUUUCAAAUGGGAUAUGGAGCAGAAAUCGAGAAGGGCCGGCAUGCCAGAUAUUAAAGCAAGAGCAUUACUAGUGGACAUGGAAGAAGGAGUUGUGAAUCAAAUAUUUAAAAGUGAUAUUGGAGGAUUGUUUAAUAGAGAUAGACAAGUUAUUUCUGAUGUGAGUGGUUCAGGAAACAAUUGGGCACAUGGUCAUGAAGUGUAUGGACCUAAAUAUCAUGAGGAAAUAUUGGAGAAAAUUAGAUGGGAAGUUGAAGAAUGUGAUUCGAUUCAGAGUUUCUUUUUACUUCAUAGUUUAGGAGGUGGUACAGGUUCUGGUUUGGGAUCUUUUAUUACACAAGUCCUCCAUGAUGAAUUUCCUGAUAUUUAUACAUUUUCUGCUUGUGUUUUCCCUUCCAAAGACGAUGACGUUAUCACCUCACCUUAUAACUCCUUACUAUCACUCAAUGAAUUAUCAGAAAACUCGGAUUGUGUUUUACCUAUUGAAAAUCAAGCACUAUAUGACAUGUGUAAAUUUGUAAAUUCACUCGAAAAGAAAAAGGAUGUGACCAGCACCCUGUCAAAAGAAGAAGAUUCAAAACCAUUUGACCAAAUGAACGAUAUCGCCGCCACCUUGCUUACCAAUUUAACCAGCUCAAUGAGAUUUGAAGGCUCUCUCAACGUCGAUCUUAACGAAAUAACCAUGAAUUUGGUUCCUUAUCCAAGGUUGAAAUUUUUACUCAGCAGUUUAUCUCCUUUUGUGAUGCCAAAGGAUGUGCAUCUUCCUCCAAGAAGAAUGGAUCAAAUGUUUAAGGAUGUUCUUUCCAGAGAUUAUCAAUUAUUGAAAUGUGAUCCAAUCCAUCACAAAUAUUUAUCAUGUGGUUUGAUUUUAAGAGGCCAACAAGCAAAUAUCUCUGAUAUUAACAGAAACAUUGCUAAAAUGAAGGGUGAAAUGGAUAUGAUAUAUUGGAACCAAGAAGGAUUCAAAGUAGGUCUUUGUCACGUAGCACCACACAAUCAACCUUACUCUCUUCUUUGCUUGGCUAAUAAUUGCUGUAUUGGAAAUGUUUUCUCUGACAUGCAUACAAGAUUUAAGAAGCUCUACAAGAAGAAAAUUUACACUCACCACUAUACUGAAUACAUGCCUGAAGCUCUCUUUGAUGAAGCUUUGGAAAAUGCUGCAAGUUUAAUUGAAGAAUAUGCUUCUCUCCAAAACAAGACAGAGGAGGAGGUCCAAGUACCUAGAUUUAUUCCUGAUUUUUAG